AUGGAUUCCCUCGCGACGUCCACGGCCCGGAGAUGGGCGCUCUGCGCCCUCCUCUGCCUCUGCCUCUUCUCCGCCGGCCUCCUCCUCGGCUCCCGCCCCUUCUUCUUCCCCGCGCUGCUGCCGCCGCCGUGGGAGCACUUCUCCAGACUGCAGCAGCAGCCCGCUCUCCGUCCUCCUCCUCAUGCUGCGACUGCUGCUGCUUACCAUGACCACGACGACUCCAUGGCGCCAGCGCCGGACGCCGGCUCCGGAUAUCCCGGCAGCGACGAGGAGCUUGCAGCGGCACCCGCGCCCGCGCCGGCAUCGGACGGCGACGGGGAGCGGAGGGAGUGCGACGUGUUCGACGGGAGCUGGGUGCGCGACCCGGCGAGGUACCCGCUGUACGAGGCGGCGGAGUGCCCGUUCCUCAGCGACCAGGUCACCUGCCGGAGGAACGGCCGCCCGGACGCCGGCUACGAGCAGUGGCGGUGGCAGCCGAGGGGCUGCGGCGGCGGCGCGAGGCUCGACGGCGCCGGGGCGCUGGAGCAGUUGCGGAACAGGCGGGUGGUGUUCGUGGGCGACUCGCUCAACAGGAACAUGUGGGAGUCGCUGGCCUGCAUCCUCUACACGGCGCUGCCCGACCGCUCGCGGGCGCGCGUCCACCACGCCAGCUCCGAGCACAAGAUCUUCCGCGCCAUGGAUUACAAUUGCUCGGUGGAGUUCUUCUGGAGCCCGUUCCUGGUGCAGCUUGAGACCAAGCAGGACCGGACCAAGGUGCUCAAGCUGGACCAGCUCCCGGCCAUGCUUCAGCAGGUGAUCGGGGCAGACGUCCUCGUCUUCAACACCGGCCACUGGUGGACGCACACCGGCAAGCUCAGGGCCUGGGAUCACCUGGAGAGAAACGGGAUGCUGGUCAAGAUGGAAGGAGAGGAAGCAUUCAGCAGAGCGCUGAGGACAUGGGCGAGAUGGGUGGAUCACAACGUGGACCAGACCAGAACCAGGGUCUUCUUCAGAAGCGUCUCACCUGAACACAAGGGUGCGAACUGGUGCUACAAUCAGACGGCUCCCAUCGCCGCGGAGGAAGCAAUCGUUCCAUGGUUCCCGAAGAGCAUGGUGUCCAUCGUCGAGGGGAGCAUACGGAGCAUGAGGACGCCCGCCACGUACCUGAACAUCACGCGCCUUUCCGAGCUCAGGAUCGACGCGCACCCUUCGGUGUACUCGAUCAACAGGGAUGGGAAGCCUCUGUCGUUGGAGCAACGGCGGCAGCCGGUGGUGUAUGCUGACUGCAGCCACUGGUGCCUGCCGGGGUUGCCUGAUACUUGGAAUGUGCUUUUGCUUGCUUCCUUGACGAGACAUCCCUCCUCCAAUCUACACUUGUAG